ACUCAUGAAAAUCCAAUUUCUUUUCCAAAGAUUAAUUCCGAUGGAAUGGAAAUCAUAUUAGAAUAUAUUUAUACAGGAUCAGUUAAAGAAGAAUCUUUAACAAAAGAUAAUACAGUUGAAGCUUUUUAUGCUGCUGAUUAUUUUCAAUUAUCAGACCUUCAGAAUUUUAUAAUUAGAACAUUUCGGAAAAAAUGCCAUUAA